AUGGAUCCGAAGCAGGGCUCGUCGCACUCCGGCGAGCGGAAGAACCUCAAGCGGAAACUGGCGGACUCCGCGUGCCCCUCAGGCUCGGAAGACAGCCGCGCGUUGGCGACGGCAGAGGUGCAGGCGCACAUCGCGGUGCUCAAGGGGUCGCUGACGUGGCGGGAGGCGGAUCGAGUGGCGGCGAGGAAAGCGGCUCAUGCGAUAGCGGAGCUCGCGAAGCACGAGGAGCACGUGGACGCCAUAGUGGAGGAGGGUGCCAUCCACGCGCUCGUGCCGCACCUAUCAGCGCCGGCGGUGGAGGAGGGCGACGGGCCAAUCGCGUGCGAGCACGAGGUCGAGAAGGACGCCGCUUUCGCGCUCGGCCUGCUCGCCAUCAAGCCCGACCACCAGCGGCUAAUAGCGGAUUCGGGCGCCCUCACCGCGCUGGUGGCGCUGCUAAAGCGGCGGCCAGGCCAACCGCCCGCGGCAUCAGCAGCAGCCGCGCCCGCUUCAGCGCCAACCGCCCUCGGGCUCGCCCCCGCAGGCACCACAGACGGCGCAGCAGCAGGGGGCGCGCAUGUAGGCGGGGCAGGGGGAGCAGGCGCGGGGGCAGGCGGAGUGGGGGCGGAGGGGGGGGCUGGUGCGAGCCCUGCAGUGGCGCGUGUGGUGAAUGGCGUGGUGCGGCGAGCAGCAGACGCCAUCACGAAUCUGGCGCACGAGAAUGGAACCAUCAAGAGCCGAGUCAGGGCGGAGGGCGGAAUACCACCGCUGGUGGAGCUGCUGGAGUCGCUGGACCCCAAGGUGCAGCGCGCUGGUGCAGGCGCUCUCAGGACACUCGCCUUCAAGAACGAGGCCAAUAAGAACCUGAUAGUGGAGUGCGGAGCGCUGCCAACGCUCAUCUUCAUGCUGCGAUCGGAGGACACGGGCAUCCACUACGAAGCGGUGGGCGUGAUAGGCAAUCUGGUGCAUUCCUCGAUGAACAUCAAGAAGCUCGUGCUGGACGAGGGCGCGCUGCAACCAGUCAUCGGCCUGCUCAGCUCGCGGUGCACGGAGAGUCAGCGGGAGGCAGCGCUGCUGCUGGGGCAGUUUGCCACCACGGACCCCGAGUGCAAGGUGCGCAUAGUGCAGAGGGGGGCAGUGCGGCCGCUGAUCACAAUGCUGGAGGCGCCCGACCCGCAGCUCAGGGAGAUGGCCGCCUUUGCCCUCGGCAGACUGGCGCAGAACGCGGACAACCAGGCGGGCAUAGUGCACGACGGGGGGCUGCGGCCGCUGCUGGAGCUGCUGGAGUCGAAGAAUGGCAACCUGCAGCACAACGCCGCCUUCGCGCUCUAUGGGCUCGCAGAGAACGGGGACAACGUGUCGGAGGUGGUGAGGGAGGGGGGCGUGCAGCGGCUGGUGGAUGCGGAGCUGAUUGUGCAGGCCAGCAAGGACUGCGUGCAGAAGACACUCAAACGGCUGGAGGAGAAGAUGGAGGGCAAGGUGCUCCGGCAUCUGCUGUACCUGCUGCGCCAGUCAGACAAGAGCGUGCAGCGCCGGGUGGCUGCAGCGCUGGCGCACCUGUGUCCCGAGGGGCAGCAGCGCGCCAUCUUCGUGGGGGCGGGCGGGCUCGACAUUCUGCUCGCCAUGCUCGCCUCGCCGCCCUCGCCCCGCCUGCAGCGCGAUGCUGCUGUGGCCCUGCGCACACUCAGCAAGCGCGCCACCACUCUCAACCCCAUCGACACCGCGCCGCCUCCCCCCACGCCCCAGGUGUAUCUGGGGGAGCAGUACGUCAACUGCCCCACGCUCUCAGACGUCACCUUCCUCGUUGAAGGGACGCGCUUCUACGCGCAUCGAAUCGCCCUGCUCGCCUCCUCCGAUGCCUUCCGAGCCAUGUUUGACGGCGGCUACCGAGAGGAGAAGGAGGCGAAGGACAUAGAGAUUCCCAACAUCAGCCUGCCUGUCUUUGAGAGCAUGAUGAGGUGCAUAUACACGGGGGCGGUGGAGGUGCGGCCAGAGAUGGCACAGGACCUGCUGAGGGCGGCGGACCAGUACCUGCUGGAGACGCUCAAGCGCCUCUGCGAGCACGCCAUUGCGCAGGAUCUGACGGUAGAGAACGUGGCGAAUGUAUACGAGCUGGCGGAGACGUAUCAUGCGCAGUCGCUGCGGCAGAUGUGUGUGCUGUUCGUGCUGGACCACCACGAGCAGAUGUGCAACCUCCCCGGGUACAAUGCACUGCUGCAGCGCAUGGUCCCAGAGACACGUGAAUACAUCUCCCGUGUGCUUCGGCCUCGCCUGCCCUGA